AUGGAAGAGAUUGAACUAGGAGUCACAUGCGACAUGCAUGUGCAUGUCAGGGAGGGCCCAAUGGCGGAGUUGGUAACCCCGACGAUCAGAGAAGGCGGGGUUUCCGUCGCGUACAUCAUGCCCAACUUGCAGCCGCCCGUCACGACGCUGGAGCGUGUAAUUCAGUACAAGCAGUCGCUGGAGCAGAUGAGCCCACAGACAACGUUCCUCAUGUCGUUCUACUUGUGCCGUGAGUUGACGCCCGAACUGAUCCACGAGGCGGCGCAAGCGGGCGCGAUCCAGGGUGUGAAGUGCUAUCCGGCAGGAGUCACCACCAACUCUACGAGCGGUGUUGAUCCGAAUGACUUCUCGGCCUUUUACCCUGUUUUCCGUGCCAUGGAGGAGGAAGGACUGGUCCUGAAUCUGCAUGGUGAAAAGCCAAGUGUCUCGGAUGACUCCGAGGACAUCCACGUGAUGAAUGCCGAAGAGUCAUUUCUGCCUGCGCUGAAGCAGAUCCAUGCGGCCUUUCCCAACCUGAAGAUUGUGCUUGAACACUGCACGACAGCUGCGGCCGUUGCCGCAAUUGAGGAGCUCAACCGCGGCGUGUCCGCAGCCGCGGAGGUGCGCGUUGCCGCGACCCUCACGGCCCACCACCUUUCGCUGACCAUCGACGACUGGGCAGGCAACCCCGUCAACUUCUGCAAACCCGUCGCCAAGCUUCCCAGCGACCGGCGCGCCCUCGUCCGCGCGGCAACCAGCGGCAAGCCCUACUUCUUCUUUGGGUCGGACUCCGCACCGCACCCUGUGGAAAACAAAUCGAGACACGCCGGCGUCUGCGCCGGCGUCUACUCGCAGUCGCUGGCCAUCCCGUACCUCGCGCAGGUGUUUGAUGCGCACGGGGCGCUGCCGCAGCUGAAGGCGUUCGUUUCCGACUUUCCGCUCCAGUUCUACGGCGUCGGGCGCGACACCCUCCGCUCCGGCGACCGUGCUGUGCUCUACAGGUCGCGCCAGCAGGUCCCCGCCCACAUUACGGAUGGCCGCGGAAUCGUGGUUGUUCCCUUCAAAGCCGGCGAGACGCUGGACUGGGCCGUCCGUUGGGACGCCUAG